UUCUUCUUCUCCAUCUUUUAUACAGAUUUAAAACCACAAACAUACACCUGAGUCUGCAUCCUCUUCUUCUCUACAACGCACGCCAAUCAAGAUCUGCAUCCUUCCAUUCCUACUCAAAAGAUUCCAUCAUGGAUUUCAUGAAGGUGUUCGAUCAAACUGUCCGGGAAAUAAAGAGGGAGGUGAAUUUGAAGGUCUUAAAGGUCCCGGAGAUGGAACAGAAGGUGUUGGAUGCAACGGAUAAUGAACCUUGGGGUCCUCAUGGCUCUGCAUUGGCGGAGAUCGCACAGGCCACUAAAAAAUUUUCGGAAUGUCAGAUGGUUAUGAAUGUAUUAUGGACAAGAUUGGGGGAGACAGGCAAGGACUGGCGUCUUGUCUAUAAGUCAUUGGCUGUCAUAGAGUAUCUGGUGUCACAUGGAUCGGAACGCGCUGUUGAUGAUAUCAUAGAACACACAUUCCAGAUCUCGUCACUCUCAAAUUUUGAAUAUGUUGAGCCAAGUGGGAAAGAUAUGGGAAUUAAUGUGAGGAAGAAGGCUGAAAACAUUGUGGCCCUUUUGAAUAAUAAAGAUAAAAUACAGGAAAUCAGAAAUAAAGCUGCUGCUAACCGGGACAAGUAUGUUGGACUUUCAUCUACCGGAAUCUCAUACAAGUCAGGUUCAGCGACUUCAUCCUCGUUUAGUGGUGGUAGCUAUCAAAGUAGCAAUCGCUAUGGAGGUUCAAGUGGAGUAGGAUCUGGUGAUAGGUUCGGGGAUAGCUAUAAGGAAAGUGAUCCAUAUGAUGAAGAUAAGUUUGAGAAGAAAAGCUCCAGUAGGUCACACCGUGGGGUUACAAGUGAGAAUCGAGAGAGCUCCUCGAAGAAAGGAUAUGGCAGCAGGAAGGAUCAGGAUAAUGUUUCUUCUAGUGUGAAAAAGUCAUCAUAUAAGACAAAUGACUCUGAUAAGUAUAGUACAAAUCCCAGUCAGACUGCAAGUGUACUAUCUGAUGAUAAUGAGGAUGAUUUUGAUCCACGAGGGAGUUCUACCACGAAGACUGCUGCCAGAAGCUCGAACCAAGUGGAUCUGUUUGGAGAUAGUUUGAUUGGUGAUCUAAUGGAUGCUCCAGCAUCUUUUCAUGAAGAGAAGCCUGACAUGAAUAGUGGUUCGUCAGAGGUUGAUCUUUUUGCAGAUGCAGAUUUUGUAUCAGCACCACCACAGGUAGACACUGAAGCAUUUGCAGAUGCGACUUUUGUAUCAGCAACAACUGAGGCAGAAACUGGAGCAUUUGCAGAUGCAACUUUUGUAUCAGCACCACCCCAGAAAGUGACCGGAGCAAGUUAUCAAACUCAGAAUGGUGUUGAUCUAUUUGCUUCCCAACCAACUAUUUCUCAGUCGGCUUCUUCACCAGUUGACCUUUUUGCGAGUCCUGUCUCAGUUAUGCAGCCAGAAACCAAGGCCACAAGUCCUGCACCAACAAACUCCAACAUUGUUGAUCCCUUUGCUGCUGUUCCACUGAACAGUUUUGAUGGAUCUGAUUUCUUGGGUGGAUUCACCUCUCACUCUGGUUCAACAUUUUCAGAGCCUUCCCAAAGUUCUAUCAGUGAUGCCAGCUUUUGUAAUUUGGACAGAAAAUCUUCGGUCGAUUCAAAGACAACGCCCAAAAAGGAUAAUUUCCAAGUGAAGUCUGGAAUUUGGGCUGAUUCACUUAGCCGCGGACUGAUUGAUCUUAAUAUUACUGGUCCCAAGAAGGUGAAUCUGGCGGGUGUGGGGAUUGUAGGUGGAUUGAGUGAUGGAGCAGAUGAAAGGGAGAAAGGACCCCCAACAUUUAACAUGGGUAGAUCAAUGGGAUCAGGGACGGGCCUUGGAACAUCUGGAUAUCAUGGAGCUGGAGAUGAUGACUUCUUCUCAAGUCUCAGUAGUGGUCAACAAUAUUCAUACGGUGGUUUCCAAAAGUAGGAGCGGUCGGGGCGCAACACAUUUUUGGAGCAUAUCCUUCUACCAGGGCCAAAAUAUUCUCGUCUUUUGGUGUGUUCUGAUUGUGUUAAUUAACCCUCAAUCAACGGAUGUUUUGAUUUGAGGGAUGUACUAAUCACGGAUGAAGAUGUUGAUACCUUUCCAGUAUAAAUUUCAGCGGAUUGCA